AUGACCGACUCAGGUUCAUCUCCAUUUGACUUCCUACAAGGCUACACUACCUACGCUUCACCGCCAGAUCCCUCGCAAUUGGCAAUGCCGGUGCCUGUGCUUGGUUAUCAAGAUUUUGAUCUCGAUCUUGAAUCAUUGCUCCCGGCGCUACUACCUUCUACGUCUUUCUUCGAGACGCCUUGCCCUCGAGAUUUUGGAACGUUGAUUAGUUCAUCAUUUCCACAAGAUUAUUCGCUACCUCCUGUGGAUUUUCAAUCACUUCUUCCACCUCAACAACCGAUAUCAAAAUCUACACCGCCAAUUGAGCCAUGCCAGGCUUCUCAGCUCAACCUCCCUUUCACAUAUGGGCUUCCAACAUAUGUGAAUACGCAACUAACACCGCCGCCCGGCCCUCCGCCGCCUACCUUCACACCUGGCCUGCACUAUGAAAACUUCGAGCCAAUGGCCGGACAAGCAUACAGGAGGGAGAGCAUGAAACGAUCAGCAGAGUCGGAACUGAUUAGACCUGCAAAGAAAACAAAUACGAAAGCUCAAGGACCGUCUGGCUCGUACUUCUGGUAUGAUGAUCACAGUACCUGUAAGAUCUGCGGGCGAGAGUUUGCGAGACAAGCUAGUCUGUCACAACAUCAAACUGUGGCACAUGACGGUGUAAGGCCAUUUGCAUGCGAAUUCCAUUCCUGUUCCAAACGAUUCACGACUAGUUCAAAUGCGAAAAGACAUACAAAAACACAUUACAACCGUUGA